AUGUGGGGUCCAUCCCUUGUCCUGGCGAUGAUGGCUGCAUGGCCCUUGCCAGUCCAAUCCUCGUCACUGGCCUCGUUUGCUUUAGAGAAGGUGCUCGAUGAUGCGACGCCUAUCUUUGGCUCAUAUGUGAACGAGACAGGAAGCAAUGCAGAGUGGAUGAAGAACUACGCUGAUUGCACUCCCCUUGUCCACAUGAACAUCCCCGGCACCCACGAUAGCACGUCAUGGAACUACACGCAAGCAACUCAAGAUGCUCUUCGUGGCAUCACAGACCUCAGCCAGGUUACUGUGCCAGUGCCUCAAACUUUUCGGUGUCAAGCUCUACCCCUGAUUGAUGCGCUCAAUAUGGGAAUCCGGGCAUUUGACUUGCGCUACGCGUUCGAUCCCACCAACAGCACCCUCGUCUUCUACCACUCCCAAGCUCUGUUUUCAGAGACUGCUACUCUAGAUGACGUCCUCUUUGGUUUCUACCAGUGGCUUGAUGACCAUCCAUCGGAGACUUUGUUCCUGUCUCUCCAGUAUGAGGGAUCAACCGGAAAAUACGCGUCAAACAACGCGGCGGUGCAGCUCAAGCUAUACGAAGCACUGACCUCCCGAGUAUCCCGACAAUACUUUGUUCAAAGAAAGAGCGAAUUCGGGACCCUGGGCCAAGCGCGUGGGAAAAUCACCCUGUUACGCCGUUUUGACCUGGAUCAAUUGUCGGACUUUUACACCAACUCGUUGCCUGGGCUUCACUUCUCGCCGAGCCUAUGGACUGACAACAGUCCCAACAUCAUUCUCACGUACAAUGAGAAGAACAAUCUCACGGCAUACAUCGAAGACUAUUACCAACCAAUAACACCCGAGGGAUCUAGUGCCACCGAAAACAUCCAGUGGAAAUACAACGCUACAACAAGUCACAUUCUCAAGGCGACCGCUGAGCACCCCGACAGUCUUUAUUGGACCUGGGCGUCGAGUGAGAAUACUGACAAUGUUCCGCCGGAAUGGCCACAAAUCAUGGCUCUCGGAAAUGGUUCUUCAACUCCCGAGGGCGGAGUCAACCAGCGUCUGGUUCCAUUUCUGAAGAAGCAGAUUGGAAAGCGGGUUGGCAUUGUUAUGUUUGACUACUUCGAAGGGCCAUCGGACCUGAUCGAUACAUUCUUGAGCCUUUAG